UGUCUGCGGAACCGACGGACAGACCUACGUGAACGAGUGUGAGAUGAGAAAGUCUUCCUGCGCCAAGAGCAACAUGGUGGAGGUGGACCGGUUCGGCGAGUGUGACGGGGACAGCAUUGAGUUGUCGGGCUCUGGAGACGGUUCCGGGGACGUGUCCGAUUCUUUUGACGAGGAGACCAUCCCUCACGCCAAGACGAUCUGCAACCAGGACAACUGCAUCAAGUUUGGCGGCACCUGUGAGCUCGUCGGGUUCCAGCCCAAAUGCUCGUGCGCCUUCAACUGUGAGGCUAUCAGAAAACCGGUGUGUGGCUCUGACGGCCGUACCUAUGGCAACCAGUGUAUGAUGCUGCACCAGUCGUGCAUCCGGCGCAUGGUCAUCAAGGAACAGCCCAUGGAGAACUGUGACGAGUUUGACAGCGAGGAGCCGUGCGAUGGAGCCACGCCCAUGAUUAACCCCACCUCUGGCAACGACUAUGACUGUAGCCCGGGGAAAGACAUGUGCCCUCCUAUGAGUUAUUGCCACAUCACUCUAGCCUUCUCCAAGUGUUGUAAAGACGAUACCAGCCCCAUCCGUCAGUGUUCGGAGACCCAGCACGGAUGCUGCUCUGACGGGAAAACUCCAGCUAAAGGACCCAGGAAUGGCGGUUGUCCAGAGGUGUGCGACUGCAACUCGAUGGGCUCCUACAGCACGACCUGUGACCCGCGCACCAAGCAGUGCACGUGCAAGCCAGGUGUUGGCGGGAAGCGCUGUGACAGAUGUGACAUUGGCUACUGGGGAUUGCACAGGAUCGGGGAGUCCGGGAACGCUGGGUGUAUACCGUGCAGCUGUAACAAGCUGGGCUCUGACCGGGACGACUGUGAUCAGAUGACCGGGCGUUGCGUGUGCAAACCACUCAUCACAGGCAUGAAGUGUGACCUGUGCCAGAACGGCAAUAUCCUGGGUGUCGACGGCUGCAGAGACACGUUCAUGCCCGACACGUGCUCCGAGGUGGACUGUCUGUACGGCGCCACGUGCAGGAAGGAGCGUAGCCGGCCCGUCUGUGUCUGUGAGCACGUCUGCGACUCUGACAGCGAGGCUCCCGACAUCGUCUGCGGCUCAGACGGCCAGAACUACGGGUCUGAGUGUCAACUAGAGCUGUUUGGAUGUCGCCUGCAGAAGCUGAUCACUGUCGCGCACUACGGCGCCUGUAAAGGCGCUCCACCCACCCCCCAGACCACCAGCUCGCCAGUGACCAAGUCCCGGAAGACGACCAGACACAUCGAGGGCGGCGAUCAGAACCCGGAUCCUUUCGGCAACAGCAAGGAGGAGAAAGAUGGCGACCAAUCUGGGGAAGUGGAGAAAUGCAACAACAUUGACGAGCUGUGCCUCAAGGACCAGGACUGUUGCGCCAGUUUCAGCCACUGCCAUAACGGACUGUGCAACUGUUUCGAUGGUUACAUCCCUUCCCUGGACAACAGCGAAUGCUUCG